AUGGCCUCUGGAGAUGGACUACACCAGGCGACGGUGGGAAUAUCGGCGUCCUUCACGAUUCAGUUGGUCGGAGACGAAGUCGGCGGUGGCGGAUCGCUGCCUGAUUGGGAACCGAACAGCAGCUUCAGGUUCAUCUACGUGUGGAUCUCCAGUAAGGAUCAGAUCUUGAUCGCGGAGGUAGUCGGUGACGGCAGCAACAACGGCACUCUCACAGCCACGUACAAGAGCGAUUUCCCCGGGGACUACCUGGUGCACGUUGAGGAAGUCCAACCGUCCGAACGUGGUGAGGGUCUUCCUAUCGUGGGAAGUCCCUUCUCUCUCAAGAUUGCAGGCGAUUUUCCAACGCUGGACGUACACUCCCUACCAGUUUGUGGCUCCCAAGACGAUGGCAGCACCGAUAUCGCGGAUACAUUUUGGAGGCCCGGGACAUGGCUAUCCGCGAACGUGGCCAGUGCUGCGCACGGAGUCAUGAGAACUGGGUGGGUGUUUCAGCCCAAAUCUUGUGUUUUCGACACCUUUUCGUAUCAAGAUCUCAUGCUCCUGGCCAGCCCUGAUGGCGAGCCAACGUGGCUUGUGGUCGUGGGUGGAUCGGUCCAAAGAGGCGUGUUUCUUACGCUUGUGGAUAUGGCAUUAGCGGCAGGACAAAAGGACGACAUGGCGACAAGUGUCCUCGAGAAGUGCUGGGGAUACGCUGACCUCCGGGUUGGGAACCUCCGCCUGACGUACCAGGACAUGCGGCUGUAUCAAGUAUCCGGAAAGACCGAUUCGGUGGUCUGCAACAACGAAAAGCUCACCAGCGGGAGCACGUCAGCCUUCGUUCACUCCGCCAAGGACUUCCUGGCGUCGACCGUUUUUCGAGACGGUACCCAGUGGCCGGCGACGAUUUUGGCUCCGUCAUACUUGGUCCCCGAAAAGAAUGUCAACCACAUGAUUGAGGUGCUGAUGGAUUCAUUGCCACCAAGCUGGGAAGGAAAACUCCUGUUCGUGGAUCACAUGGCUGGAUUUAGUAUACACUGGACCCAAGGAAAUCCAACCAGGGCUGCUCUCAAGGACGUCAGAAUAACGGCCACAGGCAGAACGCCAACCGACGACGUUGCGCUCCGGAAAAUGGACGGAUAUCAAACCCAAGACCCUCGCGUAUCGUUCAUGAGCGCAUUCCCUAUGUACCAGGCGAAACUCUUCGAGAACGAGCGAUCGAGACAAGGGAUUCGACAUUACGGGGCAAGUAUACACUAUCACUACAUGUCUUCCACAACGUCCGACCCCGAGGCGCACAACGGGACAACCAUGGUGCACUCCACGAUGACAGAGAUGCUGGCUAACAUAAUGCUCGGCCAGGCCGUGGAGACAAAGGCGGAACUUUAUGCAAAGGCUGCGGCGUCAACAGGCGGUAGUGAACAAGAGCGCGCCGAUGUCGGGAAAUCGUUCCAGGUGUGCUCGGACUGCCCUCGACAGAUGCUGCCGGUCCACGUCAAGCCUAUCCCUGAACCUGUCUGCGAGAUCGUUGAGUCCCUGCCUGGCAAUGCAGAAACAGGCGAGGUGUGGGAUGGGGAGCUGUGCCCCGAUUGGUGCAUGAAGCAGGCGCCUGUGUCUCAGAAGGAGACCCAAUCAGGUCCCGUAGACGUCCGGGAGUGCAGCAUCGAGACUCGCCAGCCGUGAUGAGAUAUAUAAUAGGUUUGGAAGUGUUUGCGUGCCGGGUGUUCGUCUCAUCUCAUCGUCGUAUGGAGCACAACCCGGUCAAAGGGAGCCUGCAAAUAGCAGAAAAUAUUCAAUCGUAGAAUGGCUACCUGUACCCGGGCGAGUAAUUCUCCAGCCCGGCCCCCGGCUAGCUCGGGGGGCUCACAAGCCGAUUGCGCGAUGCUCAGUCCGCGUGCAAGGAAGCGGACGAACUUCAUUACAUACAGUAGCCGCCCCGACAUAGUCGCGGGGAGGUACAUGGAUGGGUACAGAAUAUUUCGCCACCGCGUGCAUAGCAGAAAAGGAGUGUGUCGCUAUCGAGGAAGAGAUCAGUCGGAGAGGCGUAUUCCUGCAGGGGUUGACCAAUUUAAGGCGAAAGUCCUGCUGGAGGGCAUUAUUGAAAGGUUUUUACGUUGGACCCACGUAAGCGAUGACACUUCACAUUGCGCGGAAGUGAUCGAAAGGCGAGUGUUGCUACAAUACCAGGAAGUUUCGUGGUCAGACAUUCAAGAUUAGCGGUGAUGGGUCAAUGGAAAAUAAUGAAAGGUCAACACAUCCGGAUUAUAGGUAGACAAUCCAGAAAGAGGAAGAUGCUGGAGGCUGAAGACUAUGUUUUGGUGUGCAAGGGGGAGGCUAGUUUUGCGCACACGCGGCCGCAAGAGAUAUAGGCCCCAUGCUUCCCGAAACGUCGCCUGGGAUACAACGUAAACGAAGUCGUGCG